CGGUUUCACUGCAUCGCAAAUUUUGAGUAUUGCGCGCUUAUACUUCAAUUCAUUAUAAAUUGGCUUUCAAUUUGAGAGAAGUGAUGAUAAACUUCCACCGCUGCAAUGCUCGACGUAAACGCUUAUUAUAUCCUUACAAUUAUCGUGAUAGCAUCUGGCUCAAUCCCCAAAGGCUACGAUGAAGGCGGCUUCAGCUCCGCCAUGAACUUGCCAUCCUUCAAGACCGACUUCGCCCUAACCCCCUCCCUCUGGAAAACCAACCCGUCGGGCCUCGCCAACCGAACCGCUAACAUCUCAUCCUUCGGCGUGCUCGGCGCUGCUAUCGGCUCCUUAAUCGCAAUAACUCUUAACGAUCGCUUGGGCCGACUCCGAUGCUGGCAACUCUGCAUGAUCGUCUGGAUGAGCGGAAACCUGAUGCAAACCUUUUCAUCGGGUAUCCUGGGCUUCAUGCUAUUUGCGCGUAUAUGGGGUGGCCUAGGGGCGGGAGGUCUGACGGUUGUCGCCCCUUUGUUUUUGUCAGAGAUUGCGCCGGCUAGAUCGAGGGGUAUGGUGGUUAGUAUUUAUAUGGUUGUUUUGCUGACUUUGCUUUCGGCUGGGUUCUUUGUUAGCUAUGGGGCGCAGAAGGGAUUACCUGCGACCAGACAGCAGUAUCGGUUGGUUAUGUCGAUUGCGCUUGUGCCAGCGGGUUUGGUGCUUAUUGCGUCGUUCUUUCUGAGCGACACGCCGAGGUGGCUUGCUUCCAAGGAUCGGACUGAGGAGGCGAUGAGUGUCCUUGCAAGGCUUCGAAAGGCUGACAAGGACACCAAGGCUGUCGAAGAGGAGUAUCAGGAACUGCAGCAUCAGAUGGAAACAAGACAACAAGCUCUCGAGGGUGUCUCGACAUGGACCAUCAUGAAAGAGAUUGCCACAAUCCGCACUUACCGUACACGAUUCCUGCUUGGACUUACAAUGCAAACCAUAGCCCAAUGGUCCGGUGGCAACGGCAUAACCUACUACAUCCCGCAAAUCUUCCUCUACGCCGGUGUAUCCGGCCCCAACACCUCGCUAAUAACGAGCGGCGCCUACGGGAUCGUCAAGCUCGUAUUCACCAUGGCUUUUACCUGGGGUCUAGUGGACGUCUUCGGCCGCCGGCGGUGCUUCAUGCUGGGACUUUUUCUGCAAUGCAUAACGCAUGUAUAUAUGGCAGUUUACAUGUCUAUUUUUCAAGAUGGCAGUAACAAACCCGCUUCCGACGCUGCCAUUGCGUCUGUCUUCAUCUAUGCUCUGGGGUGGUCGAUUGGGCUGUGUACUGUCCAGUAUUUAUAUGGCACAGAGAUCUACCCCACGCGGAUUAGGGGGGCGUGCUAUGCGGCCAAUAUGGCGGUGCAUUGGUUCUUCCAGUUUGCUGUGGUGAGAGUCACACCAAAUAUGUUUGUGAAUUUGGACGUCUGGGGGGCGUACGUUUUCUGGGUACUGAUAUGUGCGGUUGGCCUUGUGGUCUUGGGAUUCUGGGCCCCGGAGACGAAGGGCGUGCCGAUGGAGAGGAUGGAAGAGCUUUUUAGUGGUCCUUGGUAUAAGACUUGGAGGGCGAAGGUGGAUCUCACGCCAAUACAGCCUGAGAUUGCGAAAGUGAAUUUGGUUGGAAAGGCUCAGGAGGUGGGCAGUGUUUGAUCAUUCUAGGCUUGGAGGUGUCGGACCAUGCGGCACGCUGUUUGAUAGGCUGUUCGCUUCUGCAUUCAGAAAUUACGAUUCAACCGGGAGCGGUACCUGGACUAUACCACCAUUAAAAUCCGAUUUGGGUGGUCUGAGAAGACCGGCAACGCGGCAUUCCUAGACUUGCGACAGCAGUUUAGCGCCUCGUCACGAAGCGGCGUUAGGAACUAUCAAGAUCACAAUACAAACUGUUCAGGGCAGUUCUUAGCAAUAAUAUCUGUUGUUAUAUAUGUG